AUGACAGAAAGCGGAAUCAAGCUCCGACGACGUCUUCGAGAUGGCUUUAAAUUUAGCAGUUAUCAGGUAAGUGUAUUAAUACCUAAUCAGAGAGGUAGUAAGGCCAAGAUUAUAAAUGUUAUCGAGGGUAGUUGCAAAAUAGCUAUAGCUUCGCCCCCCAAAGAUUUGGAAGAGGAGAUUAUCAGAGAAAUAACAAAACGAAUCUUACAAAAUAGAUAUGGGUUUAGUAAGGAUCAAGUAAAUGCCUUAUUCACAAUUCAGACAAAUAAACAAUGUGGGAGUAUUUCUGGUAAAACCUUAAAUAUUGCAAUUUCCAACAAACCCCAAAAAAGAAUAGAGGGGCAGACAAUUGGAGAGAUGGCGCAUCGGCGUUUACGAGAUAAGCUUAGUAUUCGGGAUAUAAGAGCUGAAGCUUAUGCCUUAGCCCUAUCAGCAAAAAACGCCAAUGCUGGUUCAUCACGUCUUUCCCGACUCCGAAGAGAACUAAAAAAUCUUGGUGCUUCAUUCCAAAUAAUUGAGGCCACGAAAUUUCCAGAUAUUACAGAAGAAGCUAACAAAAUCCAGAGGGACAAUCAGAAAAAGGCUGAAGCCAAUCGUAUUGAUGAAUUUACAUUAGAAUCGGUCAAAGAAAGAUUGGAUAGCUAA